AUGACUAACCAGAAUGGAGGAGAUGUGCACCCGGUGGUGGCUUCCUCGCCGUUGACUCCGGAUCAGCAUCAGCAGCUUCUACGGGAGAGACUCAGAGCUUAUCACGACAGUAUGUAUUGUUUCUCCUUGAAUGAUUAUUACUCUCUUGAAACCGGAGCUUCUCCAUCUCCUUCUUUGUCAGAUUUGCAAAGCCUAGAGUCUAGUUUUAGAAGAUUAGAUGUCACCGGUGUAAACGCUUGUCCACAGCCGCUGAUUGAUAAUUGUCAAAGCAAUCAGUUUCCUUUGAACGGUCGAGAUCGUGGUAUGAAUGGCAAUGAGUACUCGCUUCCUUUGAAUUAUCAGCAAGAGCAGUCGCAGAGAUUGUUGUAUCCAAUGGAUGAUUGUGUUAAUGGGUAUAGAGCUCAUAAGUCAUAUAAUCAUGGUUUUCACGGACGUAGCAAUAAUGGUGUGAUGAGUUCUUCACGUACUGGCUUUAAUGGAAAUUUAGGAAACGUUCCUUUUUCUCCAAGUAAUCUUUUUGUUCAAAGUCCUUGGAGUUAUCAUGAUCUCUACACUAUGUGUAGCUUUAGGGUUACGGCUACUACACUAUCACGUGCUAAAGACCGUGGAGAGUCCCAACGGUUGCUAAAGGUGAUUGCUGAAGGUUCAAGGAAGACGAUUGAUAAGAUAUUUGAAGAUUUGGUCUCACAGGUCUGUGAGCUGAUGAUUGACCCUAUUGGCCAUGAAGUCCUUCAAAAGCUUUUUGAGAAAUGCACCGAUGAGCAGAUCACUCGGGUUUUGGAUAUAGUAAUUCAGCAACCUAUUCAGUUUAUUAGGAUUUGUGGCGAUUCUCAUGGAACUCAUGCAAUACAAGAUUUGAUGCGAUGUCUUGGUUCUGAUGAGCAAAUUUCCCGCUUGAUGGUAACUUUAUGUCAUGUUGCACUUGUUUUGACCAAGAGCAUCAAUGCGAACCAUGUGAUUUUGUUCUGCUUCACCCAUUUUUCUCCUUCACAAAACAGAUAUCUUCUUCAAGUGAUAGCUCAAAAUUGUUAUCAAGUUGCAAUUGAUCAGUUUGGAUGUUGCAUGCUUCAACAAUGCAUUGGAAAAUCCUAUCAAGAAAUAAGGGAUCCUUUGAUUGAGAAGAUCAUCACCCAUUCUAUGAGUCUAUGCGUGAAUUGCUACGGAAACUAUGUAGUGCAGUUUGUGUUGGAGUUGGAAGAUUUUCAUGUGGCAGCUGCUCUCUCGAAAUAUUUCGAUGGGAAUUAUGCCCAACUCUCUUGUGACAAGUAUGGGAGUCACGCGGUGCAAAGGUGUUUGACAAGUAGACAAUUUAACUCGAGGAAAAUUGUAAACGAGCUGAUAAGUGACAUUGAUUCACUUCUUGUGAAUCCGUUUGGAAACUAUGUGAUUCAGACUGCAUGGGUAGUAUCUCAGGCUGAUAUGCGAAAUGCAUUGUUGUACCAUAUAAAAAGGAAUCAUCCGUUCAUGAGGUGCAACAGAUAUGGGAGGAAAGUGCUCGAGAAACUCAAUCUUUGGACAUAG